CUCUAGGCAAAUGAGACGUUUGGCAAGCCAAAACGUUUGUCUUAUGCUUAGUUCCUUCUUGAAGUUUGGUUAUUAUUGGGCUCAGACCAUGUUGAUCAGUUCAAUAUUUUAUAAUUUAUGGACAAUUACCAAUACCAAUAUGAUAAAUUAAAUGAUUUACUUGAUAUUAAAUGCUAUUUAGUUUGAUUUUUUAUUUUAAGUUUAAAAGUAUUUAAAUUAUGUGAUCAUAUGAAAUAUAAGUUGUAAACCCACCAAAUCCACCCAACCACUCAUCAUGCGCAAUAUAGACUAAGACCAGUGGCGGAUCCAGGGGGAGGCCACCCCGGGCCACGGCCAAGCCCUCCUCUGGAUCCGGAGCUAGGGAUGGCAACAAAACCCGAACCCACGGGUACCCACCCCGACCCAACCCGGUCAACGCGGGUAAAAUCCGUGUUGACGGGUUUUGGGCCGGGUUCGGGUUUAAACCCGCUACACUAUUCACCGGGUCGGGUUGGGUUUGGGUUUAGGUAAACCCGACCCAUGGGUACCCGCCCACACACAUAUAAUUACUUUCCCGGUAUAUUUAAUAUUCUAAAUAAUAUAUUUUCCUUAAACAAUUAAUAUUCUUUAUGUUUGUGGAGACAUGUAUAAUUUGUUAUUUCUAAUUGUUUAGAAUGAAGUUGAUAUUAUGAAGUGGAGAGUGAAGAAACUUAGUUGACGAGGAAGAAGCUUUCAAUUAAUCUUUUGUUUAUAGAUGUUUAUCUUUAAUUUUGAACAAUUUGUAUUGAUCAUUUGCGGUUUGCUUGUAUGCUCUAGAUUGGUGUUUUUUUGUAUGAUUAAUUUGUAUGAGAAAAUUGAUGUUAAACUUUUAUUUUGAAAGAAACUUGUUAUUGUAAAUUUUUUACCACAAAAACCCACGGGUACCCAUGAACCUGUGGAUACCCAACGGGUUAGGUUGGGUUUGAGUUUUUCAAACCCAACGGGUUUUACCCCGGGUUUUUUUUAUGGAUAAACCCAUGGGUUUGGGUUUGGGUUUGGGUUUGACAAAACCCGCCCAAACCCGACCCAUUACCAUCCCUAUCCGGAGCUAGUAUAGCCCUUAUUAGUUUAUCGGUUGUAGUCAUUCUGCCCAGUGUUAUUUUAUAAUAAGAUUGUGUGUAAUUAGGAAAAUGGGUCUGAUGAACAUAUUCAAAAGUAACGCAGCUCUAAAUUUAACCUGAAAAUUCUAACUCCAAUGAUUCUCGCCUAAAGAAAAACAAGCAAUGAAACCUAAAAUUCUAAAAGUAAAAAACAUAAAAGAUUAAAAGAAAUAUGAGGUUUGUUCACUUGAAAAAUUACUAGAGUAGCUGGUGAAAAUAGGGAUUGACACAAAAUAUAUAUAUUGAUUAGUCGAUUGAUUUGUCUAGUAUUGGCAUUGCUCGUUUCAACAACUACGGAGAGAACCUUUUCACAAAUGAAAUAGGUGAAAAAUUAUCUACGUAAUAAAAUGAGCGAUGAAUUUCUCGCCAAUUGGUUAACUAUUUUAUCUUAAAGAGAGUAUGCUAUUAGUAUGGAUGUAGACUCCAUUAUUGAUGAAUUCACUAUAUUAAAAUUUAAAAAGAUCGACGUGUACAAUUGAUAUUGUAAAAAAAUUUAUAAUUUUCAUACGGUAUCUAAUUUUCUAAUGAAAUGCGGGCCCAGUGUUCUACUGUGUCUUGGAUCUGCCGCUGACUAAGACACCUCGCUUCAUGUGGAUGGUUGGUUCAUGUGGAUGGUUUUUUACAAGAAGAUUCUAACCCUGGAUAAUUUGAAGAAGAGAGGUUUCAACUUGCCGAACAGAUGCGCUCUUUGCAAGGAUGAGGAGGAAAGUGUUAACCACUUAUUCGUGAGUUGCACCUUUGCGAAUGAGACGUGGAAUCUAAUGCGACCGUUCGUGAGGAUUGAAGACAGUAUAUGCAAGGUCAGUGAUGUGGCGGACAGGUUAAUGAUUUGGCAACACCACAAGCCGGCGGAUCCCUCGCAAUGGUCAUCUAGGGUGUUCCUUCACGCUUUUUGCUGGAAACUGUGGCUAGAAAGAAAUUCGAGAGUCUUCAGUGAUUCCGAAAACUCUCCCUAUGUGGUUGCUUUUAAAAUUGCUUGUGCUAUUUCCCAAUGGCUUGCUGCUGCUGCGAAAGUCGACAGAGAAGUCACCAAGAACUGGCUAGAGUGUUGAAAAGCAUAUUGUUCCCCCAGAAUGGACAACUGAUGGUGUUGGGUCCAGGGCUUCUUGUGAGCCUCUUUGUUUGUUGGGUUUGACUUCUGCAGAUCAUUCCGUGGCGGCUCUCCUGCCAUCUUCCUCGUGUGUGUCUCUGCUGUCUUCUCCGUCUGUUUCUAAGACCCUCUGCCUGUCGCCCUGGUAGAGUUUGUUUUGCAUUUCUCUUUUCCCCCAGGGCCUUUUCGGCUUGUUCGGUGAUAGGGCAAAAGUGCAAUGCUUCACUUCCUAUCUCGUAGUAAAAUCGGAAAGUCCGGGUAUCGUCUCUUAGGGACUAGUACGACCUUAUAACUUAUCAACUCUGUGGAGCAAACUAUAGGUGAAAAAUGGUUUGGUUGAUGAGAUUAUUAACUAAUAGCAAAAUAAUUAAACUAAUUAAGCAAAGUAAACUUGUCGGGAGAAAUUCAAUGGGAAAAGCUCUGGGAGAAACACCGGGACUUGCUACCUAUCAUAUCCAAAUUAAUUCACAUAUUCCAAUCAGUUUAAUCCAACUCUCUACAGCCAGGAUAUCACGAAUGUGCUAGCUAUCCCUGUCGGGAAUUACUACGUACUAAACAAUUAAUUCAAAUCCUACUGUCGUAACUCAAAGAAUUAACUAUUUAGCCUGAAGAACGAUAUCCUAUUUAAGACCGCAUAGCACCUUAUUUAAUCCACUGUCGCUUCGAUAAGUUACUAUGUCACACGAAAUAUGUUUAGUUAUUAGGGUUUCACUGUCGCUAAUAACCUAAUUAACAACAAAUCAAUGUAUUGGUGGUCAUUCAACACAAAGCAUUAAGUAAUUUCAUGCAAUAGAGAUUGGAAGAAAAGAAAUAUGAAUCAAUUCAUCAAGUUUAGAAAUAGCUACAUCCUAUGGUGUUUCCCCCAGAAAUCGGGGUUUAGUUCAUGACGAAAAUAAGAUAAAUCGAUAAAGUUUUGAUCAUCAUAUUCUAAAUCAACAAUAAACAACUUAUUUGGUUCAGAAAAUCCAACCAACUAAUCUCUCUCGUCGUUGAACUCAGCUCAGACAGCCUUAAAAAUCUCGAUCGCCAAGCGCCCUCUGCUUUCCCUGCUUCCGCUGCGCCUCUGUUCCCCAGAGAAAUUCUUUCCCAAUUCUUUCCUCCCGCUUCCGUGUCCCCCCGAAUUCCAAAUAAUGGCCCCUCCAAUUAAUCCCUUCUCUCUACAAUUCUCUGUCCCCAAUAUUUCCGUGGCCCACUCUAAUUCCCCCCAGGCCCAGCUCCCUCUCGUCCCAAAGUGUCCCAGGGAAUUAAUUCCCUCUUGUCAUUUGUCCAGGGAAACAGAUUCCCUGCCCGCCAAAUCCAACAAGCCUGUUCUUUCUAUCAAUUUGGGCUGGCGGCCCAAACCCAGGUUGGUUUUCGGUUCCUUGUCCAUAGUCUCUGUUGAACCUCCAGGUCUGCCUAUGCAUCAAAUUUUCUAUUUGUUCUCAUAUGCCUUCUUCUUUGUCCACCUAAAAUAUAUCAACAUACUAACCCAUGGUGAUAAUGGUAUGAUAACCAUUCCAUAGACAAUUGCAUCUAAAACAAGCAUUAUAUAUCUCAAAUAUAUCAUAUAAUAAUCACAUUGAGCACAUAAAAUCAAUAUGUUUUCGAACA